CUGUGCUGCUUGGUCUGGGGGUCCCUGUGCUGCUGAGGGUUGGGGUCCCCAGGGCACGGGGGUGCGCCGUGGUGGGUGUCAAAAUGUUGAUGUUGCGGGGUCAGGGGACACCCUGUGCCGAUGGGCUGAGGGAGAGCAGGGGGUGAGGGGGGCUGUCUGCCAGGUGCUUGGCAGCACUGAGCCCUGCACCAGACACAGCUCUGGGCAGUGUCCCUGUGAGCGGUGCCAUCCCAGAGAGAGGGGCAAGCCCAAAACCACACAGGCGCCUGAGCCGGGAGGUGCCAGAGCAGGGGUGGCGGUCCCCAGAGGGCAGGGACGUGUCCUGGGAGGGUCCCAGCAGGGCAGGGGCCUCUCAGCAGAAGGGCUGGGGGCUCCCGGGGGCACAGCCUGAGCUGGGCACUGACUGAGCUCCGGUGUGGAGCCCUGGCCAUGGUCCUGCACUCUCACCAUUGAUAGGAGAUGAAGGGAUGGGGGAACCCCCCGCUCCCUGGGAUGGGGGGUGCAGGGUGUCCUGCUGUCACCAAAAAUUGGGAAUAAACCCCUCUGACACUGUCAUUUCAGAAUUAGGAAGUAGCAUUAUCUCAGUGCUGGGUGUGCAGGGGAUAUCUCCUACUACACAGAGCACAGCUGGCUAGCAGACUAGUUUAAAUCUUUGUAAGUUAUUAAUUACAUUUCCCAAAACUCGUACAUGUACGCUAAACAUUCCCGCAAAUUCUUUUGCCUAUUUGUAUCACUUUUUGGAGCUCAUUUACAUAAGAGUAGGGGUCUUUUGAGGGUCUCUGGUGCUCGUUUGGGGAACACCCCAUUCCUCAAAGUAUCCGGUUUUGGUCAUAGGCCUUAAAAAAGACUUCUUGUCUUUGAAUACCUCCCAGCUCUGCGGUUUGCCCAAGAUACAUCUUCUUACUUGUGUUGCUCAGGCCCGGAGUCUUUGAGGCUAAGAUAACCACUUGCACACAUUAAUACGGGACUAAGCACUUUUGGCUGAAGCUAAAGGAAUUCACAAGACUUAAACACUAUUUGUUACAAUUAGGGAUUUUCCCAAGGCUGCGGGGGCUCUGACCCCACGGCCGGCGCUGCCCCAGCCCAGCCGCGCCCCAGCACUUGUCCAAACAGGGAGGUGGGAAGCGGCUGCGGCGGGUGCAGAACUCAUUACCCGGGAGCUCAUCAGCUAAUGCGACCCAGGAGGGGGCCGGCAGCGGGGAAGGGACCGUGCCUGGCCCGGGCCAGGGGGUGCGGAUCUCCCGCCGGACACCCCUGCACCCCCAGCCUGCGCCUGGAUGUUGGAACGGGGCUGGCCCGGGAUGGGCUGGGGCCGCGCUGGGCACGGCUCAGAUGGGCACACACCUGUGCCCCCGGCUGUAUCCCCUCAGCUGUGCCCCCUGCUUUGUGGGGAUCCUGCGCCCCUCGUGUUGCCAGGGCUUUGCACAGCCUGUUUGGGGGGGUCCUGCACCCCGGUGUACCAGCGGGCUGUGCACGCCCACUUCGGGCUGCUGUGCCCGCAGAUGUACCCCCAGAGCAGGCUGUGCACGCCAGCUCUGGGGGCCCGUGCCGUACCGUGCCCGUGUCCCCUUGCUCCCUGAUGGAUUUUCCGUCCCUCGGCGGGGCCGUUUCCCUGGAAACCUUCACACCCUCCGGCCCGACACCUGCGGGGCCUGGGAACGCGCCGGGGGGGCUCCUCCCAGCCCCGACCCUGGCCCUCGACAGCCGCCGCCCGUGGGGGUUCCCCUGCCACCGCCAGCACCGGGCAGCCAGAGGGGUCCGUCAGGGGGCGGUGGGAGAGCGGCACCCCCAAAGCGGAGGGGGGAGCGUGUCUCACACAGCCCCGGGGACAGCUCCCUGUCUGGGGACGUGCUGCAGGGACACAGGGACACCGCAGACGCACUGCAAACCCCACUGAAGCCCCGUCAGAGCCCCGCUGCACCCCCAGACCGGGCUGCAGCCCCAGUGCAGCUCCCCCGCAGCAGAUGUGCAGAGACCCCGCUGCAGCUCCCGGCCCCGUCCCCAGCCCAGCGCGGGGCCGAGGGGCAGCACCGAGCAGCUUCACACCUCUGGGGUGAAAUUCGUCACCCCGCGUUCACAGCCGCGGCCCCCGCCCCCCCCCAGACCCCCGGCCUUUGAAGUGCUGCUCCCGCAGCCACGAAGGUGCCUCUUCACACCUCGGGCCCGGCAUAAAGCCGGGGCUCUCGGGAGCCCCUGGCACACAGCUCCCAGCCUCCGGUCCUGCCAUGGCCCACACGCUGCCCGCCGCCGCCCCUCUGCAGGGCUGGGCUGCCCGCGGCCCCCCGGACCCUCUCGGCUACAGCAGCAGCUCUCCCGCAGCAUCGCCGGACUCGUGCGGCCUCGCGUCCCCCGGCCCCGCCCGGGGACCGUGCCGCGGCCACGCCGCCCCCCGCGCCAGGGGCAGGAAGGGGGCGCGGGGCGGGGGCGCGCCGGGGGUCCCUCGGCAGAGCGCCAGCGAGCGGGAGAAGCUGCGGAUGCGGCGGCUGGCUCAGGCCCUGCUGAGGCUGCGGCACUACCUGCCCCCAGCGCUGGCGCCCGCCGGGCAGAGCCUCACCAAGAUCGAGACCCUGCGCCUCGCCACCCGCUACAUCGCCCACCUCUCCGCCCUGCUGGGGCUCGGGCGGGGGGCGCCGGCCCCCCGGCACUGUCCUCUCUGCCCCCGGGGCCUGGGGUGCUGCCAGGACCCGGACCCCCGUGAUGCUUCGCCGCCCGGCUUCGCUGCGAGCUGGGGGUCACCUGCCACGGCGGGGACACCCCCGGAGCCGCACGGGGCUCCCGGCAUGGGGACGGGUGCCUGGGGCUCACCUCUCUGCAGCCCUGCUGAGGGCACUGCCCCGGAGGUGCUUGGGGGUCCGGAGAUGGGGUUAGAGACCUGGGGGUCACCCCCCUACACCCCUGCUGCAGGGACCCCCCCAGAUGUACUCGGGGGUCCGAACAUCGGGAUGGAGACCUGGGGGUCUCCCUCCUACAUCCCUGCAACCGGGACCCCUCCGGAGGUGCUUGGGUUUUCCAGCAUCCAGACGGAGACCUGGGGGCCGCCCCCCUACAUUCCUGCAGUGGGGACCUCCUCAGAGCUGAACAAAGCUGUCACCUCCACUGCGUCCCCCUGGCUGACCCCUCCCCACUCUGCAGGGGCUGGGGCCCCCCCGGAUCUCCCUGGUGGCGUCCUGGACAUGGGACUGGUGCUGUCAGAGUUCGUGGGCACAGGGACAGUCACCCAGGAUCUCUCUGCGGACCUGCUCUCACUGCUGGAGGUUCUGUUCCCCACUCAGCCCCGGCACUGACCCAGAUGAGUCCCCGGGCCUGGAGCGCCCGGAGCCCCACGAUGCCUGUCGGGAUCCCUGCAGCCUGGGGACGCACACAGCCCUUGGAUAGCUGCAGGGACGAGCUGCCCCGUCGGAGCCUGGAGCCGUGCUGGACGCGCCGGGUGGCGGCGGCUGGAUGUGAAUAAACCCUUGUGUCCUC